GGCCCCCAAGAUGGCGAUGCUGGCGGAGCCCCGUAGGAAGCAGAAGUGGUCUGUGGAUCCACGAAACAGUGCCUGGAGUAAAGAUGAAUCUAAGUUUGGCCAGAAGAUGCUGGAGAAGAUGGGCUGGUCCAAAGGAAAGGGUCUUGGGGCUCAGGAGCAAGGGAAUACGGAACAUAUCAAGGUUCAUGUGAAAAACAACAUGCUGGGGUUAGGAGCAACCAUCAAUCACGAGGACAACUGGAUUGCUCAUCAGGAUGACUUCAACCAGCUUCUGGCUGAACUGAAUGAUUGCCAUGGACAGGGUGAAACAGAGCCUUCACCAAGGGACCAGAAGAAAUUUAGUCUUGAAGAAAAAUCUAAAUCUUCCAGGAAACGUGUCCAUUAUAUGAAAUUUGCGAAAGGUAAGGAUCUCUCUUCCCGCAGUGAAGACGAUCUGUCCUGCAUUUUUGGGAAGCGACAGAAGAGUGUGAAGGCACAGGAGGAUGUUGCUGAUACGGAGUUGCAGGAAGAGAAGCAGAGGGACCCCUGGCUCUCCGAGCCUGCAGAAGGUGCCAACACGGUGAAGAGUGUGCUCACUGUGCAGGAAUAUUUUGCCAAGCGCAUGGCAAAAUGGAAGGCAUCCCAAAAUGAAACUGAAACGGAGCUGGAGAAUUCUUGUCCGGCAGCAGCUGAAGCCUUAGAGCCUUCAGAAGAACUGAAAACCAAAGCCAAAAAGAAAAAGAAGAAGCAGAAGAGGGAGGAGGCAGAGAAUACAGAAAAUAAUGAGAAACCAGAAGUGAAACGACGUAAGUUUGGGGAGGAGCUGGAUGCUCCCUACGAGGAAUGUCGAGGAAAAAAGAAAAGAAAACACAAAAAUGAGUACGGAGGGGAAGGCAUUGGCUGUUAUGAAAAUACAGGGGGUGAAGAAAUUUGUWUGGGGGUAUCUGAUGAGGAGGAGUGCCCCGUGGAGCAGUCUGAGGCAAAGCCAAAGAAGCGCCAUAAGAAGAAACAUAAAAGGCAAAAAGAGGAGGAAAAAGAGUGUAAUGUAGRAACCCAGAGAAAGAAAAAGAAACGCAGCAAGGAGGUUUAACCAUGUAGCAGCCAGGCUGCGACUUGGAGAUGAUUUGGACUUUAUCGUGGUGGACAAUGUAAACACAUCAGGCUGUAACUCACUGUUGAAUGUGCUCCUUGGUGUCGUGCUGAAAUCACAGAUUGUGUUUAAAUAUAGCUCUUCCCAAGGGGUGAGAACUACUACUGCCUUUACUCUUCAAGCCACCAGUUUCCACUUCUCAUAGCCAGCCYUGGUUGUGGAACGGGAGUUUUGCGACGUCGUAUGGAUUUUUUUUAUUAUUCAUUUCCUUUUAUAUGUAAAAUAAACCUCAUUUCUUCCCAAAAUGCUUUCUGUAAUUGAAGGAUUAUGCCUGAGUGUMUGUACUAAGGAAUGGAAGAAAAUAACUUCCCUUCGUCCCUASCCAGGAACAUUUUGAGCUGGUGUAAGUUUGCAACAGAGCUGUAGGAA